GAAGCUAUUACUAAUAACACUAAUUCUUAUUAUUAGUAAUGCGGCGGCGGCGGCGGCCAUUUCAAUGGACCUCAACGCCAUUUGCAGCUCCACAUCCUAUCCUGCUCUAUGCUACAACAGGCUCACCACCAUUUUUGGGCCGGCGGCCGACGGCCUCGGACUUCCCAACGUCUACACGUCGUCCGUGCGUAUCGCCAUUGACGAGCUCUUGGCCGCCUCCAACAAAUUGCUCGAACUCGAAACCCUGAUAGACGGCGACAGACGACGACAGUCGUCGUUGUCUGGCGCCAUGCGAUUUUGCCGCGAGCUCCUCUCCGUUCGUGCGUUUACCAGUCUAAAAGACUCAUUAUGGGCGGUCGUCGGGCUGGACGAUAGCCCGACGAUGAGUACGUUCGAGGAUCUCAAAACGCGGCUCACCGCGGCCGGGAUAUACCACCAGACGUGCCUCGACGCCAUUGGAGGCGCAGAGGACGACGGGAGGUCAAUAAUAAGACGCGCGGAUUUAGGGAAUGUUAUAAAAAACUCGACAGAGUUGACCAGCAACAGUCUGGCAAUCCUGUAUGCACUUGAGGAAUCUAUUGGGGCCACCAAUAGUAGUUCAUCAGGUGACAUGCAGUUGACCAUCAGGUCGGAAGUCCAAGAAAAGUUUUAUACUCUAACCGUGUUAAGGCUCGUCGCGGAUGUGGUGGUGGCGAAAGACGGGUCGGGAAACUUUACGAGGAUAGGGGACGCGCUAAGUGUCGUUCCGAGGGAGAGCGACCGGAGGGUGGUGAUCUAUGUGAAGGCUGGGGUUUAUGAUGAGAUUGUUAAUGUUGGGGUGGAUAAGUGGAACGUUGUGAUGAUCGGCGACGGGAUGGACGCCACAAUUGUUACCGGAAACCGCAACUCCGGUGACGGAACGGGAUCCUAUUUUUCUGCAACAUUCAGUACGUAAACGUACCCUAUUUAAUUGCUAUCUAUGGCUUGCACAUCUUACAUUUACUCCUUUCAUUUCAUUCCUUUUUAACUGAUCACUGUUAUAUGAUUUUCUCAUUCAUUGAUGGAGUAUUUUUCAUAUACACCCUUCAUUCUUCAAAGAGUUUCUUUUAACUUUCUUUGUCAAAUAUUCCUCCAUUCCUGAAAACCUUUCUUCUUUCUUUUUUCAUUCGUCCCAAAAAACACUUCUCAUUUCU